AGCUGCUUCAUCUGAAGUGGGCGUGCCGAGUGCAAGAACUCAACUCGACACUCGACUCUCGACUGACUCGACUCACAACUUCCCAUAAACUAAAAAUUGCUAAUUACUCAAAACUCAAAUUAGUGGCUGCUGUUGUGACUAAGGAAUAAGGAUAAGAUUAUUUUGGAAUCAUUAUAUUUUUAACAGAUUCAGACAUGUCUCUGCAAGUUUUAAGCCGUUCAGUUGUGGGUCUCGCAUGUAAAAAUGCACGUUCUGCAAUGAGAAUUCAACCCGCACGAAACUCCAGCUACCUUGGCAGCAAAGUAGUUGAUCCAUUAAAGAAAUACCCCGACGUUGAAGUCGUUCGCAACCCUCCAGAAUGGAUAUUUGUGGAACGACUCUUUCCUCGCAAGACGGUACCAUCACCCCCUUCUGAAGAAACUCCGUCAGGAUGGAAACCAACAAAACAGGAGGCACUCAGUCAUCCUUAUUCUAUUGGACGCUCCCGUAAUCACAUGCCUUCAAUUUACCUUGUAAUAAGAAAUAGAGGUUUCCAAAAACACACCGUUAUCAGGCACAUAAAGGGCGAUAUUUGGCGUCUCAAGGAAGAGCUCAACAAAAGAAUUGAGGAUAGACUAGAUAUGAAGCAUGGAAUUCAUGUGAAUGAGAUGUAUGGUCUCAUUAAAAUUAAGGGUGAUGUUUAUAAUUUGGUUUUAGAAUUGUUCAAUGAAAAAGGAUUUUAAAAUGUUCACCAAAAUCGUAGAAUAAAAAAUUUAUAAGAAAUUUUCCUUUUUUUCUUUAAAAGCCAUAACUUUUAGUGAUAAAAUUUUUCAUGCCUCUUUAAAUAUAUAAUAAAUUAAGAACAC